AUGGGUGUACGAUCAGAAGAUCACUGGUUGGAGCCCACGUUCGGCCACAACGAGUGUCCCGACCCGGGCAUCCCGAUAAAUGCGAGGCGCUUCGGGGACAACUUCCAGCUGGGCAGCUCCAUCUCAGUGAUCUGUGAUGACGGCUUCAUCAAGACCCAGGGGGCACAGACCAUCACCUGUGAGCUGGACAACGGCAAGGUGAUGUGGAGCGGACCCAUCCCUAAAUGUGAAGCCCCCUGUGGAGGCCACUUCUCCUCUCCCAGUGGGGUGAUCCUGUCCCCAGGGUGGCCUGGAUACUACAAGGGCUCCCUCAGCUGUGAGUGGGUCAUCGAGACCGAGCCCGGACGCUCCAUCAAGAUCACCUUUGACAAGUUUCAGACAGAGCUGGGCUAUGACUUCCUGGAGAUCCACGAUGGACCCAACCUGCUCUCUCCUCUGGUCGGCUCAUUCAACGGUACCCAGGUGCCCCAGUUCCUGUUCAGCAGUACUAACCACCUGUACAUGCUCUUCACCACCGACAACAGCCGCUCCAACAGUGGAUUUAAGAUCAUCUAUGAGAUAAGAUCUAGUAUAGUGACCCAGGUGCUGCCGACCCCGGCUUCUCCGGUCAACGGGUUGCGUUACGGUCAAGACUUCACCAUCGGUUCGACUGUGUCGUUCGGCUGUGACCCUGGAUACAGCGCUAAGCCACGAGGAACCUCUGCGUUGUGUGGAGGGGACGUGCGAGGGCCCGGCGGCACCAUCCUGUCCCCUGGAUAUCCUGAGAUGUAUCCCAGCUCACUCAACUGUACCUGGACUGUGGAGGUCAGCCACGGCAAAGAUUGGCAAAGCGUUGUGUGGAGGGGACGUGCGAGGGCCCGGCGGCACCAUCCUGUCCCCUGGAUACCUGAGAUGUAUCCCAGCUCACUCAACUGUACCUGGACUGUGGAGGUCAGCCACGGCAAAGGAGUCCAAUUCACCUUCAACACCUUCCACCUGGAAGAUCACCAUGACUACCUGCUCAUCACAGAGAAUGGAAGCUUCGUCCAGCCCUUGGCGCGCCUCACGGGUAAUGAGCUGCCCUCCCACACCAAUGCAGGGCUCUACGGGAACUUCAAGGCCCAACUGCGAUUUAUAUCUGACUUUUCUAUAUCCUACGAGGGAUUCAAUAUUACCUUCUCUGAGUACAACUUGGAGCCUUGUGAGGACCCGGGGAUGCCACAGUUCGGCCGGAGGAACGGAUACAGCUUCAGCAUCGGGGACACCCUGACGUUCUCUUGCAACAUGGGCUACCGACUGGAGGGGGUGCCAGAGAUCAUCUGCCUUGGAGGGGGGAGGCGCAUGUGGAGCGCACCUCUGCCUAGGUGUGUGGGUAUGUAG